CACUACGGGAACAAUUAAUUACAGUACUGUACGGUACUUGUAGCACAGUAGAUGUAUUUCAAACAACAAGAACCACACCGAACCCUUUUGUUUGUUGCUCGCACCAAACCAAGCCAAACCAAGCCAAGCCAAACCAAGCAGAACCCAAAAAUAAAAACACAAUGUCGGAAUCUCCCUCCUGGCUCGAUGCACCCGCCCCCGCCCCCGCGGCCGCUGCCCCCGCGGUAGAGCCGAUGAGCAUCGAGGGCACGGGUGCUGCACCGACCGCCGGUGCGGCCGACGAGAAGGACCUGCCGUCGAUCAUUCUGAUGAUGCGCCUCCUCAACCUGGCGGCCGCCGCGGCACUCAUCGUCGUUUCGGUACGUACAAACACAAGACAAAAGUCCGAUCCGAUCCGAUCCAAACCAGCGGACACGAGGGGUGGCGAUCGAAACGGCGCUCGCGUGGAAUUCCGAUGGGGGGAAAAGUCUUUGUGCCGUGCAUUGCAUCGCAUCGCAUUCCAGCAGCGGCGAUCGGGAAAAAUCGUCUCGGUGUGUUGCCGGCCGAAUGCCAGCAGCGGUGGAUUUCGUUUCGUUUGUUUCGUUCCGAGCCGUUUGUGUGUUCUGUUCUUGCUCGGCUUUCGUGCCGCUCAUCCCACUCGUCCUCUUGUCGUUUUUGGUCCGUUCCUUUCCGCGCGCAGAGCCUCCAAAUCGUCGGCAUACCGGCACUCUCGAGCAUAGUCCUGGCGGUCUACACCAUCUGCGGUGGUUUGUUGAUCUGCUGUCUGGAAACCCAGCUGAAGUUCCUCCGCGUCAUGAUUGCCGUGAACUUUGGCUUUUUGUUCAACUCCUUUUGGCGAUUCCUCUUUUACCUCAUCCUUGGGUCGGUGUGCUGGGCCUUUGGCGGGAUCAUGGGAAGAACGAUGGCCUGCGUCAUGGGAGGCGUCGCCCUCUUCAACACAUACGUCCUGUGUCGCUAUCCGUCCUACCGCAAGAUCCGGGAGCAGAUUGCCGAGGAGGAAGACAAACGAAUCGAGGCCCGGGUUUCCAAGGAGGUGAAAACGCAGGCCUUGAAGCAGAUGGCCAAGUCCGCGACCGGGAAGUAAACAAAGAGAACCGAAGCAAACGCAAGAAGAAUCGGGUGCGUCGUGCCGCACCCGGUCUUUUUUGCACGGUCGUGGCUCGGAGGACGAGUUUUUCUACGUAUGUAAUGAAAUAAUGAAAUAAACCGAAGAAUAUUAGCAGAAAAGGUUCCGUAGCAUGUUUCUCCACUAUGU